AUUGCCGCAACCACGAUGCCCAAACGAAAGAAGCAGAAUCAGCAGCAGCCGCCGCCUCCGCAACAGCCCCCGCUGCCAGAGCGGGGGGAGACUGGAGACGAGGAGGAUGGGAGUCCCAUCGGACCACCUAGCCUUCUGGGCCCUCCCCCCAUGGCCAAUGGAAAGCCUGGUGAUCCCAAGUCAGCCCCAAACUGGAAUCCACCCACAUGUCCACCAUCAGUAGAAUGGAUAAAUAAGUUGUUGUGUGUGCAUGCAAUGGGAUACUACACUGCAAUGAAAAUGAACGAACUCCUGCUACAGGCAACCUGGAUGAAUCUCACAAACACGGUGUUGAGCGAAAGGAGCCAGACAGAAAAGAAUGCAGACUCUCUUCACAGAGGUCCUCCAGGAUCAAGGGGACCAAUGAUUCCACCACUGCUGAGCCUCCCACCUCCUCCCAGGGGCAGAGGCCCAAUCCGGGGAGGCCUGGGUCCCAGGUGCGGCCCAUAUGGUCGUGGCUGGUGGGGGGCCAAUACUGAACCUCCUUUUCCUGGACCAGGCCAUGGGGGUCCUUCCAGAGGAGGCUUUCACAAAGAGCAGAGAAAUCCCCGAAGGCUCAAAAGUUGGUCUCUUAUCAAAAAUACCUGCCCACCCAAGGAUGGCCCCCAAGUUAUGGAAGACAAAUCCAACCGCCCCGUCUGCCGACACUUUGCCAAAAAGGGCCACUGUCGAUAUGAGGACCUCUGUGCCUUCUACCACCCAGGCGUCAAUGGACCUCCUCUGUGAGACUGUGCCUUCCCAUCCAGGCUGGAAGGAGCCCUCUGACCUAGCGGCCAUAUAUUUCCCUGUGGCCCUGUGACGGCUACUGUGAGGCUGUUCCACCCACCACCCUCAGUCAAUGACACCCACCCCCAUUUCUCACCUCCCCCAUUUGGGGUCCAGAGUUUUGUUUCAUCACUGGUGCCCAGCGUGUGGGCUUUCUUCCGAUUCAGCCUCCAGAGACUCGCCUUCAGGACCCCACCAUUGCUCUCUUCAACUGCCUCCUGGAUCCUCUUCCCCUUCGCCGAUUGACUGCUCAACAGGAAACUUCUUUGGUGCUGAAAAA